GUUCUGCAUGAGGAGUUUUUGAAAAACAAUCAUGCUGGGAAAGAGUUGUUGCUCCUGGCCCUUCCUCUGGUUGUGUCACUCAUUAACUUGCUUAUGCCGUAUUUUUACAACCUCCUGGCUGCAUGGGAGAAACAGGAAUCUCCAGUCCUGGAGGUGUACAUUGCCAUUAGCAGGAAUUUAAUUCUCAAGAUGGUCAUCUUGGGCCUCCUGUCCUACCAUUGGCUGAGUUGGAAAGUGACAUCUUCAGAGAUUCAGUGCUGGGAAACCUUUGUGGGGCAGGAGCUCUACCGUUUGAUGGUGAUGGAUUUGAUUUUCAUUCUCCUGGACGUCAUCUUUGGAGAGCUGAUAUGGAGGAUCAUAUUGGAGAAGAAGUUACAAAGUAAACAGAGGCCUGAAUUUGACAUUGCUAGAAAUGUGCUAGAUCUGAUUUAUGGACAAACCCUAACUUGGUUGGGAGUCUUCUUUGCCCCACUUCUUCCUGUGGUCCAAAUCCUCAAGUUGCUGCUGUUGUUCUAUGUUAAGAAGGUCAGUUUGAUGAGAAAUUGUCAAUGUCCCAGCAAACCCUGGCGUGCAUCUCACAUGAGCACUAUCUUCAUCUCUUUGCUGUGCUUCCCUUCCUUCCUGGGUGCCUCCGUGUUCCUCUCCUAUACCAUCUGGGCAAUAAAACCAUCAGAAAUGUGUGGACCUUUUCAAACUUUUGAUACCAUCUAUGAUUCUUGGAAGGUCUGGAUAUUACAGCUGGAAGAAUCCAAUCCAAAUAUCACUUGGUUUACCUGGAUCCAUCAAAACCUCUUCCAAACUUCCUAUUUCAUGUUGUUAAUCGUUGCAAUGUUGGUGGCUGUGAUCUACUUCACCAUUGAAAUGGUAAAGGGUCUGCGGAGUAUCAUUUCAAUACUAAAGGGUCAGAUUGCCAAUGAAAGAGAAGACAAGAAGUUUCUCAUUCAAAGACUUCAUAUUAUAUAUGAAAAAUGAAAGUACAACAGGGUGAAAAUGAGAUCCAUUUUCCCUUAGCAUCUUUACCAGCGAAUGUACCAAGUAAACUCUUCGCUGAAGGACUUCUUUGGAAAAGGAAAACAGAUAUGGGACUAUCCAGAAAAGGUUUGAUGAACAUGUUUAUGCUGCUGAAGACAUCUGACGUUGACUCCCUUCACUUCCUGCAUGUGAAUGUCAUCUACCUUUAGCUGAAGAAGUUAUAUUCUGUUUGCUGGCCAUUCCAGUUUGUCUUCAGCCAAAUGGAAACCUUUCCUGAACCAGACUAAGAGCUUCUAGACUUCCUGAAGAUUUUUACAUACAGUUUUAUAAUAGAGAACUCAAAUGUAUUUUAUAAUGUGCAAUAGUCUAAGAACUUUGUUUUGCCAGGAUUGUGAAAUCUAUGACUUCACAUGGAAAGUGUAGAGUUACUAGAAAGAAAUCUUUUUUUAAUAAAGGCUUAAUAUUAUUAAAAAUGACUCUUUAAAAAGCUCUCUAGUUACCUGAGCGUAAAUUAUAUUCACUUUUAAUUCAUUUGCUAUUAAUUGCCUAAGUGAUGGUGAACAGUUGUCAUUUGUUAAGUUCUCAUAGUGUGCAGUUACUCCAACAUGAUUGUGCAUGCCUACAUUUUAACUCAUAUCCUUUGAAUGUAUUUUCACUUCAGGUGUAGAGGAAAUUUUAACUUUGCUACCUCAUCUUUUAUUUUCUUUGUGGAAGUAAGGUGUACAAUUAUGGAUCAUUUUUCACCAUUUCUAUGUUCCAGACAGUAAAAAAAAACUGCAACUUUCCUUCUAGAAUUGUCUGACCCACAAGAGUCAGGUGAGUGAAAGGAGGUAUGAGAAUGUGUGUCAUGGUGAAAGCAAAGGAUUUUUUAAAAAAAUAAAGUGUUGCAACCUAA